UAUACUGAAAAUCGCAACAUAACAACUUUUAUAUUCUUAGCAUAUUUACAUCAUGUAUCGAAGACGUUCAUCGCUCGUAGAUAUUUAUAAAUGGAUAUCACGACGCCGUCGGACAUAAAGCUCCUAGAAGAUAAAGGAUUUCAACUGGAGGGCGUGAUAGGAGACGGAUGCUACUCAAAAGUUUUCAAGGCGUUUCACAUUCGGCGAGGCAGCAAAACUCCAGUAGUACUCGCGUGUAAAGUUAUUGACACUGCAUCGGCGGCUAAGGAUUAUAAGAACAAGUUCCUGCCGCGCGAGCUGGACAUUCUUGUCCGCGUCAACCACCCCCACAUCAUACCAGUCACCAGCAUCUUCCAACGGCAAACAAAGUACUUCAUAUUCAUGAGACUGGGCGACAAUGGUGAUUUAUACGACUUCGUCUCGAAGAACGGCCGCGUGCCAGAGAAACAAAGCAGGUUGUGGACGAGACAGAUCAUAUCCGCUAUCAACUACAUCCAUGCUUUGAACAUCGCGCAUAGAGACUUGAAGUGUGAGAAUAUCCUGAUCACCUCAAAUUUCAACGUCAAGGUGACAGACUUCGGUUUCGCACGAACCGUUUUUAGGAGGGGCACCGAUAUCCUAUCGGAGACGUACUGCGGUACGCUGUCGUAUGCGGCGCCAGAAAUACUCAAAGGCAUCCCAUACUAUCCUAAAAUGGCUGACAUGUGGUCCAUGGGUGUUAUUCUUUACACCAUGCUUAAUCAGGCCCUGCCUUUCAAGGAGAACACUGUUAAAGAGUUGUAUGAGAAGCAGGUUAAGAAGCAGUGGCGGUUUCGGUCCUGCGUGGUGAACGAUUUGUCGGCGGAGUGCAAGGACCAAGUGACGCAGCUGAUGGAGCCCGAAGCCAAGGCGCGCCCCACCGCCGCCAAAGUGUUCAGCGGGACAUGGAUAUCCAUGGACCAAAGAAUCGCCAAAUUGACUCACGUGGAAGAAACUUUGCUUAAAAAAGCUAUCGCUAUCGAGAAGCGUUUCAAGCCCGACGACGACACAUCACAUACAAAUCACACACUCGACACGAUAAGCAUCACCUCAGCUACUACGAGAAACAGGCCAGGUUUAAAUACAUUAAAAAGCACCGCAACGAUAUCAUCAAUGAAAGAAUCCGUACCGCACUUCAGUGAUUAUAGAUAGGUAAUCAAAAAUCAAAAUAAAGAACGCUAAAUAUUACCUUUAAUUUUUCAUUGUUGAAAAUAUUUUGCG